UACGCUUACUUUCGCGACGAAAAUCCGGAUUAGUUAGUGCGAUAAUCGAGUGCAGUGGAUGCGCUUCCCGGUGAAAUCGCGACGGGAAGUUGAAGAAAACAGUGUCCUAAUCAAGUGAUAAUCGGUUUUGUGAUUGUUUUGGGGGUGUAGGACCAGCCCGCGGUUCGAUUCCAGAGCGUCGAGCAAAUUUUUCAUUUUGGGACUCCGCUGCUUCGUCGUCGUUUUCUUGGUGUAGUGUGUGCUCUUUUCAUCUUCUGAUGUGAAACAAAUCAGUUGAAAAUAGUGAAAAGUUAAGGUGAAAUGAUGGACAUUUUGUGAAGCAGCUGGAGAAUGCUUCACAGGUGAAGUGAAAACAGUGAAGAAAGAGGAAAAUUUUCGGGGCAAGGAAUAUUGCUCAUUGAUUGGUGGUGGCACACGAACGUUCGUUCCUCCAGAUUAGGGAAGUAAAGCAGAGCGACGACGGCACCAGCAUGGAUACUACGUCAGCAGCUGCAGCACCAGCAGGAGAAGGGUCAGCAUUCGGUGCGGUUCAUAUCAAGCAGGAGCCAGGAGGUCAGAGUGACGAAUCGCCGUUGUCCAGGGGCACCGAAGUCGACGGCCCACGGACGAUCCGGAAGAUUACGGUGCUGGAUCCGUUGAAGCUGAAGCUGCUCAGCCGACAGAACCAUAACAAAUUGCUGUCGGGUUUAAGUGCAGCCAAAGCAAAAGCGCAACCUCCUGCUCCUAAACCACCACCACCACCACCUCUAGCAGAAGCAUCGCCAUCGUCAUCAGGCGAAUCUGCUGCAGCUGAAAAGGAAACCCAGUCGAACGUGACCGCACAAUCAGAAUCGGAAGCGUUGCGACCAAAAGCUGUGGAAUCCACAAACAAGGAAUCAGCUACAGCAACCACAAUUCCGACGGCGCCACCCAAAUCGGGGGCAGGAGGAGGCUCUUCUCUGUUCAGGAGGAAGAAGGUAGUACCAGUAGCCAUCGCACGUAAGCUUGCUCAAAAAGAAAAGACUAAGCCCGUUCCCAAAGAGUUGGAGGUAAAAACUCCCCCGGAAACAUCACCUAAGGAUGCAUCACAAGUUCAGUGCGAACCCGUUCAACCGCAGCCGGUUGAAGAGGUGUCUCAUGAACACAAAUCUGCUCAGCCUGCGUCUCAGGAUCCCGAACCGGUUGAAAAGGCUGAACCAGCUCCCGUUCAGCCUGAACCGGUUGAGCAACCCCAAUCGAGAGACGAUCAAGCGGCGUCCCCAGCGUCUCCAGUUGUUGUGAAACGCGAAUCGUCCGAUCCAACGACUCGGCCAACGGCAUUCCGUCGGAUCAAGCCGAAAGUGGCGAUUUGUCUCAAUCCCAGCCGGCCGAAAAAGUCUAUUCUCAAAAAGACCACUUCAUCGGAUAGAUUACUGGGACCAAGCAAAUCCGCCAAGGACUUGGUUCCGGAGGAGACGAUUGUGUUGGACGAUGAUGAUGAUGAAGACGAGGAACAGCAGCAGCAACAGCAGUCGCAAAGGACCGUGGACAAAGAAGAUAAAACAAUGGAAGAAUUGGAUAAGGAUCGUCUAGCUGCAGAGGAGAAGAAACGAGUAGACGAGGAACGCCGGCGAAUAGCAGAGGAGCAGAGCCGGAUAGAAGAAGAGGCAAAGCGGAAAGCCGAUGAACAGCGAAGGGUGCAAGCAGAACGGAGAGAACGCGAAGAGGCGGAGCAGCGACGAAUAGCGGAAGAGCAACGGCGUAUGGAGGAAGAAGAAAAAAGAAAAGUUGAGGAGCAGCGAAAAAUACAAGAAGAACAAAGAAAGCGCGAAGAAGAAAAACUGCGACGGGUGGCGGAAGAGCAAAGAAGAAUAGAGGAAGAACAAAAGAAAAAAGCUGAGGAGCAGCGAAAAAUACAUGAAGAACAAAGGAAACGUGAAGAAGAAAAGCUGCGACGGAUGGCGGAAGAGCAGAGAAGAAUGGAGGAAGAGGGAAAGAAGAAAGCUGCAGAACAGUACAGGAUACAAGAAGAGCAGAAGAAACAAAGGGAAGAACUGCGAAGGAUACAAGAAGAGCAGGAGAAGCAACAACAAGAAGAACAACAACGAAAAAUUACUGAGGAAAAGCAACGAUUAGAAAGGCUAGAACAGGACAGGAAAAAGACAGAAGAGGAGCAGAAAGCCAAACAAGUUGUACCGGAAAGUAGGAAAACCAUAAAAAUACCGCCAGAAAUUUGGAAGCGCCAACUAGAGAGGAUGAAAAAUAAUCCCCACCGACAGCACAGUUCUGUGGCAAUAACUUUGCCGUCGAGUGCGGAACUAUCGCAAUCUCAGAGUAGAGUCACAUCGGAUUCUGUUACUGUUGAAAAAUCCAAUGUGAGUGUUCAGGAGCCAGUUAAUGUUGGAGCUCCUGUUAACAAUCCAGUGAAACCGGAACCUGCUGUGCAGGUAACGGCAAAUCCUACCAAAGAAAUCCGCCGAAUAUCUCGGCUUCCUCCUAGUUUGGCGAUGAAACUAAUGAAUAGUUGUGCGUUGAAUUCAUCACGGAAGAAAUCACAACAAAAGGCAGUUCAACCCGUCAAGUCCUCGGUGAGUGAUUCGGAGCCAGUGCAUGCAGCGAAGGAUGCAUCUUCAUCGACAGCAACAGUAGCGGUAUCGCAAAUUACAACUAUCAAGCGGAUAUCCAGCUUUCCGGCGAGUACGGUCGUGACCCCUAUAAAAACCGUUGAAGCAACGCCGACAACACCAUCGGCAAAGCAGGUCGAUAAAGAGGAACAGAAGCAGUCGAGUGUAGCUGAAAACGCUCCUGCUAUAGUGGAGAGUAUUGAAAAGACUGAACCGGCACAGCCAACUGUGGAGAUUGGCAAGCCUAAACCGGUGAAAGAAAUCAAACGGAUAGCACUUCCGCCGGGAAUUGCUUUGAAGUUGUUAGGAGCAGUCAGCAAAGCCAAACCAACAAUCCCGUCAUCCAGUGUCGCAACAACUAGUUCAUCGAAAACUGUGGCACAUCCUGCAGCGACUAUCGCUGAAAAGCCAGUCGUACAACCAGCGGAAUCGUCGAGCAGUCGUAUUACAGCCACUCCCAUUGUUGCUUCUCUCCCCAUUGAAGCAACAGUGAAAAGCUCAAAUGCUAAUAAACAAAUACGUCGGAUGUCGCAGCUGCCUCCUAAUGUUGCGAUGAGGUUGGUGGACUCCUUGAAACAGAAAGGCAUAAUUGUGCCCAAGUUGACCCUGAAAAAGGAGGCCCCUCCCGUUGAAUCACCUGCUAGUAAUGCUGUACCGGACGUACAACUUCCCAGUGAACCAUCAACCCCGUCUUCGAUUGCGUCGGUACCGGACAUCAAGGUAGAACCGCAAGAACCAAUGACAAAGUCUAAAAGAAAGGUGGAAAUUUUGUCUCAGGUUAUUUUGCCUACGGCAUCGUAUAAUCUGGAGGAAUUACUGGCUGGCAAAUCUACAGAAGGAUUUGCGCCUUCCGAUGCGAUGCCUCUUCCAUUACCCAUGCCUAAGGGAAGAAGGCCUGCGGCUUCCCCGGCUCCAGUUGCGGCGGUUUCAACAUCUAUGCAAGAUAAGCCGAUUCAGGACAAUCGUGUUUCGUUCUCUAUCUCACGGCCGGAAAAUCCUGUGACUCCUGCAUCAAUUUCUGAUGUUCCACCCCAGAUUGCAUGUGUUUCGGAACAGAACAACGAUAUGUUGGAUAACGAAAUCGCAUCAGAAGUGACUGUCACAACUGAGAUUGAAGAUAUGGCGGAUUCUUUGCAUGCUAAAUCCGACGAAUACACCAUUUCAGAGUCUGAAGUUCCCGGAACCCCAGUGCAAUAUGAACCUACCAGAGACGUCCAACAGCCACAGAAAGAAAGAAUCGUAUCGAAGCCGCAUGUUACCUCUGUCGAUUCUUCCACUGUAAUGUCCCAUCAAUAUUCUGUUACGUACUCCUCGAAUUCGCAUCAGAUGGUUCAUCGCCAAAACGUUCAGAAUCCGGUAGUUGUUCAGCAACAAGCGAAUGUGUCUAGUGGUCAACCACAAUCCGUAACUAUAUUCGCCAAAUUACCUAAUAAUUCUCCUCGACCUGCGCAUCAACAAACGCCCAUUACGUAUCAUCCGCAAUUCACGGUGUUAUCCCAACCUGGAAUGCAACCUACUCGCAUGAUCCAACAACGAAUGGUCCUCAAUCCCGUUAGCAUGCAAAGCGGCCAGCGUCCUCGUUUCCCAACAGCCCAGAUUGUUUUGGUGCAACACCCGACUCCAAUCCGUGGCCGAAUUGUUCCUCAAUCGCAACUUCGACCAGCUGUUCCACAACAACAACAGUCGCAACAGCAUUUAACGGUUCCUAGGGCCGCCUACUUCCAUCAUGUGCCAAUAUCUGACCAAAACAAGCCAUCAGUUAUUGUUCCAACGCCGAGAUAUGUCAUACCGAAGCAGUACCAUCAACUUCCAAUGGCACGUCCUCAGCGCCCUCAACGCCCGAAUGUCGCUGUGACCUUUCAGGAUCACAAUAAAGCAUUCCAACCCGUUGCACAGUCACAACAGCCCGCCAUCUAUUCUAUUGCUCAACCUGUGCAGCAGCCACGCAUCAUUCCAAAGAUUGUAAUUGACAGCAGCUACGUGGAUCAACAGGAACGAUCAACACCUGGAACCCCAACCACUCCACCGGUGCAGGAUCAAUGGAACACUGUUCAGAACAAGUCACCGUGCUCGGAAGAGAUCAGGAACAAACUUCGGGACAAGUUGAAAUCCAGAAUGAUGCAACAAACUGACAAACCCGCAUAUCCGACCGUAGAAACUCCACCCGUGCCACCACCAACGACUUCCAAGGCCACACCACCUAAAGCUCCGGUUGUGGUUCGACAUCCGACAAUGCCGGUUCGAAACACCGUGGUUUAUCAUCCACAAGAUUUCCAGCAGCCCCGAAUGCAAGCUAAUCGCAGCCACCAGCAACCACCAAAACCGGCAGAUUCCCGUGUCAUCAAGCAGUACAUUUGCCAAGGCCGGAAAAUCUACCUCACCAAGAUUAGUGUUACGAAGCCAACGACCUCUGUUCCUUCCAAUAUCCAGCAACAACAACCGCCCCAACAGUACCUCCGAUACCAACAUCCGCAGUCGGAAGCUGCAUUCCAUGGUUUCCCGCAGGCAACUAUCAAAAGCGAUCAACGCAGCUUCCAGCAGUUUAGCGAAACGGUUCAGCAGUUGGAGCAGAGAAAGAACUCCGAGCCGGUUAGCGUUUUCGAAAUUCAAGACGUUCACAAACUGCAGUCCAAGAUGCGAACUCGGAAGCCAAGUGUUGUGACGGCUGUGACGACGCAUGGUUUGAAGGGCGAAACGUUCAUCAUUACGGAACUGAACGAGCAUCCGCUAGAGGAGGUGCCACCGCCGCCACCACCACCGGUAGUGAAAGAAGAAGUUCCGCUACAGCAUCCUCCUAGAAUCACCAAACGGAGGAACACUUUUGUGGUAGAUGAUUCGGAUGGAGACAUCCGGGUUGAGCAGUUACCACGGGUGGAUGCCACAAGUCAGGACGAUAGUCAAGACGAUAAAUCAUCGGAAAUUGACGUCAAGGUGAAGAUCGAAGAUGAGGAGAAGCAACCGGAAGUAAACGUAGGAACGCGGUUUGCAUUCGAUCGGCAUAUGAAGGAGGAGGAUUUGUCGGAUUCGGAAUCAAGUCAGGCUGACGAGGAUCUGGCACGGGAGAUUUUAGCGUUGGUGGAGAACGAACGGAAGGCCCUGCGAGUCGGUUCAACGGUUAAGAAAGUCAAGAAGCGACGGAAGCGACGCAAACGGCACAAGAAGAAAAAGGAGGGCGGCAAUGAGGAGUUGAUGGAUCUUCUGAUGAAGCAUGUCAAUCAGGAGUCGUUGAUUGCGGAUAUCGUGGCCUCACAGCAGAAGAAGCUGCCAAUCGUUGAAAUUUCGGACACGGACGAGAGCGAUGGGAUUGAGAGAACGGUUCAGCAUGUUCAAGUGAAACCGGAUCCUGAUGCUGAAGCAGGUAUUGCCAGGAGAAUGUCGUGCUCAACGGACGUUGGGUAUGAUCUGGAGGAUUCUGAAACUGAGGAUAUUUUUGCCGAGAUUUUGAAACCGUUUGUCGAGGAAGACCACCAGACGAAUAAUUUGACAAGCGCAGCGCCGUCGCAGGUAGCUGUAUCAGGAGAACCAGCAGCAAAUAUGGAUAAAGGAUUAGAGGAGCAGAUGGUACAAGCCGAAGUAGCUGAUCUAGGGCAACAAACAGCAGUUACAGAAAACGAAGCUCAACAAGAACAAUCGAUAGCAUCGGCGCCAGCCGAAGCAACUGUUCCGGAGAAGGUUGUAACUGCUGCAGAAGAAGAAGUUGUUACAGAGAUUCAAACAGUACUAGCGAAAGAGGUACUUUCUCCAGCAGGAACAUUGAUAGCAGCUACUCCGGAAGAGCAGAUCAUAAUCACGCCUGAAGAGGAAACAGCUUCGCCGGUGGAGGCUGUUCCAGUGGAACAAACAGUAGAUGUGCCAAAAGAACCCGAAACACCUGAGAUUUCAACAAAACUUGUAACGGAAGUCAGUCCAGUGAUAGAAUCGAAUUAUCCAGUUACUGCAACUACUACAAUAUGUGAUCAAACCUGUGAUAACAGUGCCUUACUGAUAAAAGCACCGUCGAAGAAAGCACCUGCUCCUAGAGCACCCAAACGCAAGCUCAAACCCACGUUAGUAUCUCGAUCGAAGAUUAGAAAGCUGCAAACGCAAACUGCUGUUGUCAGUGAACCUGUUCCUCAAGCAAAGAGAAUCGAUCGGAAAGAUACUGCAGAAGACAACAUCGAAGACUCGAGCGAUCCAUUCUCGGAUCGAGACGAACCAGCACCAGAACCAGAAAUGGAAGACACUCAAACGCAGGAGCUUUGCCCUACUGUACAAACGGAAGUGAUAAAUUCCUGCGUACGAGAACUGGUCAAUGAGUGGGAUUCUGACGAAGGAGAGGCAAGUGUAAAGCAACCGUUGAAGAAGUAUGCUUCGUUCGAUAACAACGGUAACCUACCGUGUCGUAUAUCAAAGAAUAACGUGUUGAAACGUUCCGCAAUGUUAAGCGAUCCGGUUUUGGUAGUUCCCGUCGAGGAGAAUCGAAACGAGGUAGAACCGCAGGAAGCGAUUGAACAUAUGUCAGAGGAAAUUCCUUGUCAAAAUGUCAAGUCCGUCAGAGUCUCCGUGCUAAAAGAGGAUUUGAUGGAACGCCCAAGCACGCCAGAACCCACUGCGACGAUAGAGCCUGUGAUCGAAGAGAAGACUCCCACUCCAGCGAAAGGUGAUGGUCAAACCGUGGAAAGGUUAUUGAAGGACUGGGAGGAUUCACCGAUCAAACAGCAAAGAAAGGCUGAUGCUCCACAACUGGUUGCUAGGGUAUUGUUGGACAGUCUUAGCUGUGACGAAUUAAUUUCGAAAACGGCUCAGAAAUCAUCAGAAACUGUUACGCUUACUGAGGACCAACGUACUCAUGUCCCAAUCGACCCCAAGCCGGACAGUCGAGAUGAAAUAAGCAACGAUGAGUCGGAAACAAUUGUUGCGCGUAUAUUUUUGGGAGGAUUAGAAUCACCUGAAAAGCAACUUUCGACACCAGGAAUUCAGCAACCGACGGUGAAAAUUACUCCGGAAGUACAAACCGGAAGUCCAAGUAAAUCUCAUAAAAACGAAAACCAGAUUCCAAACAUUGUGGAAUCUCCUACCACUCGUUCGAGAUCUUCGAAACAGACGUCCAUUAAGGACUGGAUUCAAGGUUCUCCAGGUAACGAACCUUCGAAGUCAACCACGACCACUCGGAAGAAGGGUCUGCGUGGUAGAGCUUCGUCUGUCCUGUUCGAUCCAGUGACAGUUCCAGCCAUUGAAAGUCAGAAACCUGCUGGCAGGAAUCUGAGAAGCCGUACUAAAUCCGUUUUUGCCGAAAAACCACCUUUGGAAGAAGAAACGGAAUCGAAAGAAGAUACACGACCAGUGGAAGAAUCGUCUAGGAAAGAGGUGGAAGCAACGAUAGAAAUGCCCAGCGACAUUCAGCCCACGGAGGUGAUGAAGGAAGCAGGGGGAACAGCUUGUGCGGCACGGAAAGAAAAAGAAGAACCGAAAGAAUGCUCUCCAAGCACUACUAAACCCGCGCCGAUCGUUCGUAAUCGCGUGCCGAUUCAGAUAUCCUCGGAAGACGAAGAUGAUGCCCCGUUAGCCAAGCGUCGCAAAGUGCUCCGCAAGAGGCGUUCCAUGAUGCGCCAGCGAAGUUCCCUGCGGGAUCUCAGCGCGAACAAGCGUUUGUUCCGAGGUGGCGCCACUUACUCCAGUUCUCUAAUCGCAGAUGGCUACAACCUUGGCGAAACAACCGUCAUUAAAACUGAACCGCCGGAUGUGGUGGAAACUUCGGACUAUCCUGCUCAUAGUGAAUCUUUUGCUGUCAGUUUUGCGGACAAUCCGUCUGAGCAAUUGCUUUCCGUUGUAACCGUACAGAAUAACCAAGUGGUGCAUGCCCAAGACUUCGACACCGGAACUCCUCUUCGAAAUCAGUACUUUGCGAGGGAUUUUGUGCAAUCGGCAACCACUUCUACUCCCGUUGCCAAAUCGCCUCUUCCGCCUCCUCCCGUGGACGACCAUGUUUUUGCCACCCCAGAACCUGUUCGUGCGCCCAAACGAAAACGCCGUACCAAGCAGGAAAUGGAGAACGAUCGAAAUGCUCUGCUUUUGAAAGGGGACGAAGAACAACGACCACAAGAACCAUCCAAGAAGAAGGAAGUACAACCUCGAGCCCGACAGCAAAAAGCCUUCACGCCGGUCGAUGUGGAAGCCGUCGAUCCGAGUAUCCGCGAAUUCGAGUGCGGUUCCUGUUUCGAGAAUAUUCCUCGAGAAAAUUGGGAUGCUCACUACAUGAAGCACAGUGGUCUUACCUACCGGGUCAAUGUAGAUCCUCCGGUCGAACUGAACGACGAAACCACGGCGGUGGCCAUUGUGACCCGUUUCAUGAAAACCCACCGUCAGGUGCUCCUGUACUGUGACAAGUGCAACGUGUCGAAAAAAUCCGCCCUCGGAUUGGUGUCACAUCGGCCCGUUUGCGGUAUGACGCGCCAGGAGAUCGAAGACAGCAAGAUACCAUGCCAGCAUUGCGGCCGGAAGCUGAUGCCCGUCAGUAUGAACUGUCACCUGUUCUCGCAUUGUGCCGUGCUGAAGCGGAAGAAACAGGAAGAAGCUCUGGAGAAGGCACAGGAGCUGGAAGACGAGACAACAGAAAGCGGCGCCAUCGAACCAACGAUGCGGAACCAGCGUGGUACGGUUAAGCGACAAGCGACUGCCAGGGCCGAAAAGCUUAUCCAGAACCUAUCGUUCAGCGAACUGAUUGUGCACGUCUCGAAAGACAAAGUUACCGAUGGAUGUUUGGCAACCUGGAGAACGCAGUUCCGCAAAGCCAAGGUGGCGUUGUGCGUUUUCAAAACGUGCUCCUUCACCGGGACGGACGAAUCGGAAAUGCGCCACCAUCACGAGUUCUGUCCGACGCCAUGUGAACUGCUGGAGUGCAAGAACUGUAAGUUCCAAACGGAGCAUCGCGAUCAAAUGGUAAAACAUAUCAAGAUGAAGCACACGGAUGUGCUCGUUGGUAUGACGGCGGGUGAUAGCAGCGGAACGGACGCAAAGAUGACUUCGGAAUCAUCGGACGAUGAUGGCACCUCUGGGACGAACGAAAACGAGGAAACUUUCAUGGUGAGCUUCGACGACGAUGACGGCAAGCCAAAAAAGCGAAAGAAAUCUGUCGUGAAAACGUUCAAAUUUUCUACCAGGGAACAAUUCACCGAUGAUUGUGAUGUCUAUCGAGAGAUGAUUCUGGACGAAAUGCUCAAUCUUCGAAUGCUGAAGAGUGAUUUUCAUCUAACGGCACGCGAAUGGAUAACGGAAUUCCGACGGUUGCACUACUCCCAGCAGAUUCUGUUUCCAACGCUAAGGCCAGAUUUGGACGUGCGGUUUCUUACGUUUAACAUGGCCCAUGAGUAUCUUCCGAAGCAGGCUCAUUCUUUGCGAUUUACGAUGCGAAGUACCAAUCUGUACAACGCUCCGAUUCAACUGAAGGAGUACUCCGAAAAGUGGCAGCAUCUGGAAGCCUUCACUGGGCAGGUGAACGAGAAGGAGUCAAUAUUCUAUUGUGGAGGUCCGGUCGUGGCCCUGGAGUGGAUGCCCGUGCCGGACGGACAAGUUGAACAUCAGAUUCUGGCCGUAGCAUGCAAAAAUGAUUUUGAAGAGUUCUACAUGGCAGAUCGCAUCUUCCCGGUGAAAUGUUUAAUCCAGAUCUGGGACAUGGGGGUUUUGGAUAACAAAGAAGUGUACAACAAAAAAGUGGGAAAUUCGAAGCCCACGUUGAUGUACUCUAUUGCGUGCGACUUCGGUCCGAUUUGGGCGUUGAAGUUCUGUCCCAGUGGAUGCUACAACUCGAAGAACGCCGGUGAUGAUUACGAACGGUUGGGCCUGCUGGCCGCCGCCGGAUCAGACGGAAACGUUCACAUCUUUUCGCUGGGGCGCAGUUACGAACACCUGAUCUCGAAUAGCUGCCGAGUGGUCAAAAUGCCACCGGUGCUCAAACUUACCCUAUCGAUGGCGGACGAGAGUUGCUGUUCGCAGUACGAGUCGCACAGUGUCGUAAAGCUUUCGUGGUCCAAGAGCAAGAAUCACUCGAUCCUAGCAGCUGGCUACUCCAACGGAACGGUGGCCGUGUGGAAUCUCACUACAACGUCGCCGCUGUUGACCGGUAUGAAGGACAACGUUCGGGCUAUGCUUCCCGUUCACAAGGUGUUCAUCCCGGACUCUUGCGUGACCGCUGUGGACCUACAUUACACGGAUGAUGCCCGUUAUCUGCUGGUUUGCAAUGCGGACAGAAAGGUCGUAGUUUACGAUCUGGACACGGGCUACCUGCCAAUGGAAGUUUGCAGUCUUAACGCUCGCAGUAAAGUGACGACGGCUUGUUGGAAUACUCACUUCCCGCUGAUAACGAUGGCGUUCGACGACGUGUAUGCCAUCGACCGGUGCGCUUUGACGUUCCAUCAACCCCGGGAGAUUGGAUUGCGGUUGCAUCCUUUGUAUACCUUUACGGCGGAAGCAACUGACAUGAGCAGUAGUGACCAUCUCUCGACCCAUGUGAUUGGAACCGAUGGCGGCGACGUGUUGAGUCAUAAACCGAUGGCCUAUGUUCAUAACAUGGGCCAAAAGAACCCGCAGAAUAUAAAAUAUGUUCUCACGUCAACGCUUUCGGUAAAAAUCCACGAUGAGCCGAUGGACAAUUCAUACGCUAAGUUUGAGAGAAACUACUGCGUGUUGUUUUCGGACCACGAUAAGAACCCCGCUCGAAUGGACCUGAAAUCGCUCCAGGUGAAAACGUUCCGACGUGCCCUGUUGCACGAGUAUCCCGGCAUCCGGAUCAACCAGGUCCAGUGGAAUCCCAACGAUCAGUCCCACCAAUACUACGCCAUCGGGUAUCAGGCUGGUUUCGUGCGCGUGCGGCCCAUCCGACUGAAGUGAGUACGGCUAUUCACGCUGGAUGUGGUAGGAUUUGUAUAGCUUUUUAAUCGAUUGAGGAUAAAUGGUAUGAUGAAGUUGCUGAUGAAGUGAAUCUGGAUAUGUACCUACUGUCGAAAGUGGCGCGAAAGUUUUGUUUGUUUUAAAAGAGAGACUGAUUUGGUUUAGAUUAUUGUUUAAUACUUUGCAACAGAGAGGUGAUAUUUUAGUUUUGAUCUUAUUUCAAAACGAUAGCAGGUGUAUACAUUUUCUUUCAGUUUUAUUAUUCGACAUUGAGGAAACCCAAAAAUGUAAGCAAACAUCAUGAGUAGAAACAUACACUCACUUAUACUAUGGUAAGCAGUUUAAGUAUUAGGUAUACUUCAGCUGUACACUUAGAUUUGGCCGUACAAAAAAUCCGGAAAUUCAGAUUUAUCUAUUUAUUUUAUUAAAACACAAAAGCAAAUACAACACAUAAUUUUACUUGCAAUACAGAAAAAAAACAA